GGGAGCGCUGCCACAACGGAGUUACUACAGCUAGGAGAGUUUGAAGAUUUGCUCUCCAAGGACUUGCGUUUAGGACGCGCUACUGACUAUAUCUCUUCAUUGCGAUUUAUUUUAACACUACUGAACAAACGUUCUGUAUUUACGAAUUAUCGUGGACUUUCUUGUCUACCCAUGAUGAGUGGACAGAUUUAUGAAAAGAAGAUAGCGAGCAUUUUGACCGAUCUCCCCGGAUCUAUGAGUUGCCAUCCGAGCUCCAAGGACUCUCCGACUCUUCCCGAGUCCUCAGUCACGGACAUGGGUUACUACAGUGGACAAACGGCUCACAGCCAUCACGAAUAUUAUCCGAGUCAAACAUACGGGCAACAAAUGAAUGCAUACCAUCACCAAUUCAAUCUGAAUGGAAUGGGUGGUGCUGGAGUUUAUCCCACCAAGUCUGAAUACCCUUACACAAAUGCCUACAGACAAUAUGGACAUUACAACAGAGAUCAUCUGCAGGCUUCACCUCAAAGCUCAGUGAAAGAAGAACCCGAGCCUGAAGUUCGUAUGGUGAAUGGAAAACCCAAAAAAAUCCGCAAGCCGAGAACGAUUUACUCCAGCUACCAACUAGCAGCGUUGCAGAGACGUUUUCAGAAAGCGCAGUACCUCGCCCUCCCGGAGAGAGCCGAACUUGCGGCUCAACUCGGUCUGACACAAACACAGGUCAAGAUUUGGUUCCAAAACCGGAGGUCCAAAUUCAAGAAGCUUUACAAGAACGGCGAGAUUCCCCUUGACCACAGUCCAAAUGCCAGCGAUUCCAUGGCGUGCAACUCCCCGUCAUCGCCGACGGUCUGGGACAAUAACUCUAUCACCACACCCGCCAGCAGGCCCCAAGUCCCGCAGCCGCCCCUCAACUCGUCGCCCCCCUACCUGGAGGAUUAUAACAACCACUGGUACCAACAGGGAUCGCAUCUACAGCACCCCGGCGCAGUGCAUCACCCAGUACCACAGCAAAGCGUUGGGGCUGUUUAUUAACAAAGACUAAACAUAGAGUUUUAAUACGAGGCCCUUCCACAUCAACUGAACUUACCAGAGCUCUAAAAAGUAUAAACUGGCGCUGGCUUGUUUUGGACGUAGACCUGACAAAAGUGAAAGUAGGUAUUUCCCUGAAAAGCGGGGUAAACCAUUUUUACUGUAGGCUAGCUUACCUAACACGGGAAGAGUAAUGGCAAAACUGUUCAGUUGAUCCAUAUUAAAUCGUGGAGUUGAUCCAUAUUACAUCGUGGAUAUGAGUUUGCAGAGCAUGCGUCAGAAACUCAGGUCAUAAUUUAUAUCGAUUUGUACAAAAUGUCGAAGGCUGUACAUAGGUGUUAAUAGAAAGCAGAACCACUAAGAUCAUAUUUGUUUGGAGUGGAAAUACCGCCCUGUGGUGCUGCGAACCUUUUUAUAUUAAUGUUGUAAUUAGUAUGUUAUUAUUGCCUUUCUGUCAAAACGAAUAAAGAUAUCGAUUGAA